AGGAGGAGGAGGAGAGGAGGACGCGCGGCCGCGGCCCCGGCGCUCCCUCCGCCCCCAAGAUGGCGGCGGCGCUGAGGGGCCGCGCGGGCCCGGGCCGGGCCGUGGCGCUGUGGGCGCUCCAGAGCCGGCGGUGCGGCUCGUUCGACGUGGCCGUGGUGGGCGCGGGGAUCGUGGGCCUGGCCGCGGCGCGGGAGCUCAUCCAGCGCCAUCCCUCGCUGGCCUUCGCCGUGCUGGAGAAGGAGCCGGAGCCGGCCCAUCACCAGAGUGGCCACAACAGCGGUGUGAUCCACAGUGGGAUUUACUACACCCCUGGCUCCCUGAAGGCCAAGCUCUGCGUGCAGGGGGCAGCCCUGUGCUACAAAUACUGUGACCAGAAGGGGAUUCCCUACAAGCAGUGUGGGAAGCUGAUCGUGGCUGUGGAACAGGAUGAAAUUCCAAGGCUCAAAGCUCUGUAUGAGAGGGGGCUGCAGAACAACGUCCCAGGGCUGAAACUCAUUGGAGCCAAGGAAAUCCAGGAGAAGGAGCCCUUCUGCAGGGGACUGAUGGCCCUUGAUUCUCCCUACACUGGCAUUGUGGAUUACAAACAAGUGGCCCAGUCCUAUGCCAGGGACUUCCAGGAAGCAGGUGGGACAAUCUUGACUGAUUUUGAAGUCACAAACAUGGAGAUGGCCAGAGAAAGUUCUGCAGAAAGUGAGGAUGGGCUGAAAUACCCAGUCAUUGUUAGGAGCAAAAAGGGUGAGGAGAUCUCCUGUGGGCACCUCCUGACCUGUGCAGGGCUUCACUCCGACCGCCUGGCCGGGAUCAGCGGCUGCAGCCCCGAGCCCAGGAUCGUCCCCUUCCGGGGGGAUUACCUGCUGCUGAAACCAGAAAAGUCCUACUUGGUGAAAGGAAAUAUUUAUCCAGUUCCCAACCCUCGUUUCCCAUUCCUGGGAUUCCAUUUCACUCCCAGGAUGGAUGGCAGUGUCUGGCUUGGCCCUAAUGCAGUGCUGGCCUUUAAGAGAGAGGGCUACAAACUCUUGGACUUCAGCCCUGGAGACUUCUUGGAUGCUGUGACCUACAGUGGGCUGUGGAAGCUGGUGCUGAGGAACGUGUCCUACGGCCUGGGGGAGCUGUACAGAGCCUUUUCCCUCAGUGCCCAGGUGAGGCAGCUGCAGAAGUUCAUCCCUGAGGUCACCACCAAUGAUGUUCUCAGGGGUCCCUCUGGUGUGAGAGCCCAGGCCCUGGACAGUGAGGGCAAUCUGGUGGAUGACUUUGUGUUUGAUGGGGGCUCUGGGGCCGUGGGCAGCAGGAUCCUGCACGUCAGGAACGCUCCUUCCCCAGCCGCCACCUCCUCGCUGGCCAUCGCCGCCGCCAUCGCCGACGAGGCCCAGCGGCGCUUCCGGCUCUGAACCCCGGCAGGAAUCCCGGCAGGAAUCCUGCCUGCUGCCCCUCUGCAGCCUGGCACUCCUCCCGAAGGACACAGAGCCAGCAGGCAGUGCCCCAGCAGCCUUGGCACUGUGGUGUGCCCACGGCUCCUGGGGCGUCCUGAGGAACGUUUGGCCAGCGGAGCAGGAGCAGCCACGGCAGGGACUCCAGGCAGAGCAGGGUGGAUCCCUCUCUGUGGGGUUAUCCAGCUGGAUUUGCCAGGCAGAGCAGGGUGGAUCCCUCUGUGUGGGGUUAUCCACCUGGAUUUGGCAUGCAGAGC